AUGCAGACCUUGUGUCGCGUAGGCACCGGCCUGACCCUGGCCCAGCUGAGGAAGUUCCACUCUGAUUUUGCCGACGCGGCCCGGGACGAGGCCCCCCCUGGCUGGGAGAAGUUGCCGCGGGCAUCACGGCCGGACAAGUGGAUUGAGGGCGGGCCCGUUUGGGAGCUCCGCGGAGCAGACCUGACGGUCUCGUCAAUUCAUUCCUGCGCCAGCGGCCUGCUGCGGGCCCGCGAAGCUGGGGGCCCGCCGGGAGGACGAGGCCCCCAGAAAGGGUUGGGCUUGCGCUUCCCGCGGGUGGUGCGCGUGCGCGACCCCGCGGACAAGGACGUGUCGGAGGCCACGACUGCGAGGGAGGUGCUGCGCCUCUUUCGGCUGCAGGCUGGCACCUACGAUGCCGCGGAGGAGUGA